AUGCUGAUGGAAGAGAAGAUGGCCUAUACACGAUCGUGCCGUAGCAGCCCGUCCACACGAGCAAAUCCAGCGGUCGGGGAAUCGACACGGCCGCUACAGCAAGUGCCUGCUGUGCGGAAAGAAGUGGGUAUGGGACGAGGCCGCCCAAUUGUGUACAAUGACAAGAGCUUCGCCAAAACAGCGGCGGCUGCCUUUACCGUCCUCAUCUACGGCAACCAUCUUCUUCAAGGACAAAGGCUACACGCCAGCAGCCAGCAUGGGUUUGAAGGAUUGGAGUUUGAACCAAUCCAAGGACAAGGGAUCCGCAUCCACGGCACUAGCCAAGAGCCUAUCGACGACGCCACUGCUCCACGCGGCACCCGUCCCAAGCAGAGGGCUACUUCCAAGAGCAAGAGGAACAGUUCCAGCAUGGCGGCGGACCAAUUGGAUUUCGAUUGGGCUCUGGUGGAGAACUAUGAGCGAGAGACCAAUGCAUAUCUGAAAUGUCUUGCGACACAUCAUGACUACAAGAUGGCAGGUGCGGAGGUUGACCUCCUUGACUUGAUUGAAGUUUUUGCAGGCAAGGCGACCGUGACCGACCUUGCGCAACAUUACGGACUUUCCGCUUUGCAACCUUUUGAUCUCAUCUACGGCCAAGAUCUCGCAGACCCGGGCACUGCCGAGGCACUUCGCCAAACGGUGAGGCGCGCGAUGAACAACGCCCCACUGGUUGUCCUUGGCAGUGACCUGUGCGCAGAGCAGCUCUACAACGGCAGACUGUUCUUAGGAGAAAAUCCAGUGAAAUCAGCUAUUUGGGAGGAACCUAGAGUCAAAUGUUUGCGCGAACAUCCGGACGCCAUUGAAGUUGACUGCGGUGCCGGAGCUUACAGCACUGAAAAUUUGGACUGUGAACCUAUCCAGAAGGCCCAUCGUUUAGUUUCAUCAUGUUUCAUCACCAACAGCCCAGAACUUGUGCAAAGGCUCUCCUUGAAGAUGACUCCAGAGCAAAAGAUGCACACCAGGCCCAUCCAAGGUAAACAUACCAAGGCUUCUGGUGAAUACUGCCACGGACUCGCACGCGCUAUCCUGGAAAGGCUUCGCACGGAAGCCGGGUUGAGAAACCCUCAGCGCUUUCUGACCACGAAGCACGAAGCCUACUACACUACACCUGCAAAUCUGGAAGAGGACUGGAAUCCAGUGCUGGACGAGGCAGAGCAGCGGUUCAAUACAAGACACCGAACUGGUUCCAUGGACUUUGAGCAGAAUUCAGGUGGUGUGGGCUCCAAGUGCGCGUAG